AUGGAAUCAGCCAAACGAUUCUCUUCCAUCCCCAUCCACUUCUGCCGCCGCCCCUCCUCUCCACCUCCAGCCGCCGCCGUCAUGCCCGACGCCGACCCUCUCCAUCCCCACGCUGCCCUAUGGGCGCAAGACAACUCCAUCCAGAACAUCAAGAGCCUCAUCCCAGUCACCCUCGACCUCAAGGCGUCCAACUUCUCCAAGUGGUGCAACUUCCUCACCAUUGCCGUCAACCAGUUCGCCCUCGCCGAUCAUCUUGAACCGGCACCCCCUCCAGCUGACGCGGAGUGGCUGCGGAUGGACUCCACCGUCCUUCGGUGGCUGUACGGCUCCAUCAACCCCGACAUCGCCGACAUGGUCAUGGCAGCCGGUACCACGACUGUCGCUGUCUUCGCUGGCAUCACCUCCCUCUUCCGCGGCAACCAACAGUCGCGUGUGGGCUACCUCGUCCAGAAGUUCCGCAACAUCGUCCAAGGCGACAAGACCGUCACCGCCUACUGCCUCGAGCAAAAGACGGUCGCUGAUGCUCUCGCCGACGUCAAUGCCUCGGUCUCCGACGACGCUCUGGUGUGGAACACCAUCAAGGGCCUCAACGACCACUACAUGGACAUCGGCAACCACGCGCCUCUCAUCAAGCCGUUCCCAACGUUCCUUGAAUUUUGCAACAUGCUUCUUCUGCAGGAACUUAAGCCGUCCUCCCUGAGCUCUACGUCGCCCGUGGUCUUCUACUCCGCUCCUGCCAAUGGUGGCCUCGCGGGGGAUUUGCACCUCCACCACCACAACCGGCCGGUCUCGGUGCUCCGGCGCCAUACGAACCCCUGGGCCGAUGCCAUCCACAUGUACCCGAUGAUGGGUCCAGGCGCGCCCACGCACGGUCAUGCCGGCCCCGUCAGCAUCCUCGGACCGGGACCCCGCCCCUCGGCGCCGCUGCAUCACCCUCCUGCUCAGGGCUACAUGGCCUUGCCUGCCCCAUCGCCUCCAACCCCACAGGCGACGUACUCCUACACCGGCUACCCCGCCUACGGCUCCUCCUCGGCACAGACGUGGGAUCCGUCCGCCCUCGCGAGCUACUUCAAUACCAUGAGUCUCCAGGCUCCUAUGGAGUGGAUCAUGGACACUGGAGCAGCCGCUCACAUGUCUUCGGAAGCCGGUAAUCUCACCUCCUUCUCUUCAACUCCUCCUGUUUGA